CUUUGCCCUCCUCCCCAUCCACCGGCGGGGCUCGAUGGGGGGCUGGCCGCACCGCACCUCUCUCGCAAUCCAUCGUUCACUCGCCUGCCAAAGUCUGUCUCUCGUCUGUCGGGUCCGUCGCUCCUGUCUGUCGGACGCAGCUAUUUCUCUGGUCGGCGCCGUCUUUCUCUUCCUCUCGCUUCAUCCCGAGCCACCGUCCUCCUGGUGCUGGCCUUGCGCGCUGUCCCGUCGCUGGACCCUCGGCCUCUUGCCCCCAAAUUGCACAUUGCAUUUGUGGUGCCCAUCUCCAUUUCGCCCUGCAAUCCUGUUCCACAUUCCGUCGCCGUCUCCACUGCGCUGCUCCCCUAUCACCAUGGCAUCCAACUCCAGCUCGCCAGCUCCCCCGAUUCCCGAGCCCCCGGCGCAUCCAUCCCCAUCCACCUGCGACAGCAACACCCCACAUCCAUAUCCCCAUUCCUCUGCCGAGCAUCCUGACAGGCGCAGCGAGGGCGACAUGGACGAUACCCAAGCCGACUCGUCGGUCACCUCUCCGCUGCUGCGGGACUCGGACGGCAACUACCACGUCGAUCCCGGGAGCCGCCUCACACGGCAUGCCCACACCCCGAGCAUCAUGGACAUUCACGAAACGGGUGUCUUUGCCGGCCCACGAGCCGCCGCAGACUCGCUUGUCGAUCCGCCAAAGAGCUGGAUUCCCGUCGUCCCGCCCGUCACGCCCGUCUCGGCCACACAGUUCCUUGAGAUUGUCGAGGAGGUGCGGGCUGCCAUCGACGAGGGCAUCUACCCGACACGCAUCGCCCAGGGCUCGUCAGGAUCGUACUUUUGCCGCAACCGCCAGGGCGAGAUCGUCGGGGUCUUCAAGCCCAAGAACGAAGAGCCCUAUGGCCACCUCAACCCAAAGUGGGUCAAGUGGCUCCACAAGAACCUGCUGCCGUGCUGCUUUGGCCGCUCGUGCCUGAUUCCCAACCUCGGGUAUAUCUCCGAGGCCGCGGCCUCGUACAUGGACCGUCGGCUGCAGCUCAACAUCGUGCCCCGCACCGAGAUUGUCCGGCUGGCUUCGCCUACGUUCUCUUACUCGACGCGCGAUCGCCGGGCCUACGAGAGCGGCAAGGCCCUGCCCCUCAAAAUCGGUAGCUUCCAGCUCUUCCUGAAGGGCUACAAGGAUGCCACCACGUUCUUCAGGGAAGGCUACACGCAGUCGCUGCGAUCCGAUGGCGGCUAUGCCAGCAACAACAACAGCAGCACCAGCCUGGCGAACGUUGGCGACCCCAGCAGCAGCAGUAGCAGCCUCGCCACCGCCCCGACUCCUCCUGCCGCCGACGGCAUCUGGUCGCGGGGUGCCCAGAACGACUUUCGCUGGGGGUUCGAGCGCCUGGUGAUCCUCGACUAUCUGAUUCGCAACACCGACCGCGGCUCCGACAACUGGAUGGUCCGCGUCAACGAGGAGCCGCGCAUGGUGCGCAAAAAGUCGUCGAGCGAAUCCAUCUUCUCGUUUGCAUACGAGGCCGGCAAGAUCGGAUACGGCUUCAUCACGGGCAGCAACGCACCCACGCUCGUCAGCCCCGAUGCGGCCGCUGAACAAGUUGCUGCGGCUGCGACUAUAGUGGCACACACACGCACCAAAGGCAAGCAGGUCGUCGGUGAUGCUGCUGCUGCGUCGGUGCCACUGCUGAGCGCCUUCGAAGCCUUGACCACAGCCGACAGCGUCGCUGGCGGCUCUGAGGCGGCAGUCGCCAAUGCCGCGCAUCGCGGAAGCGAGCCCUCGCUUCAUCGCCCGGCCCUGUUGCAAGUUCCUGCAGAGGCCCUUGCCCAGACGCUGCCGCCGCCUGAGCGGCUGCCAACCAUCCAGAUAGCGGCCAUCGACAACGGCCUGGCAUUCCCGUUCAAGCACCCGGACCAAUGGAGAUCCUACCCGUACGGCUGGGCCAACCUCGGGAUCGCGCGCAUCCCGUUCUCGAACGAAACGCGGGAGGGCUGUCUCCAUCUGCUCACGUCGCAGCAGUGGUGGCAGGAGACCAUGCGGGGCCUCGAGCAACUCUUCCGGCUCGACCCGGACUUUAGUCCACGCAUGUUCAAGCGCCAGAAAGCCGUCAUCCGCGGACAGGGCUACAACCUGGUCGAGAUGCUGCGGCGCAGUGAGCUUGCCGCUGCCGACGCACCGGGGCUCCCGGCCGACAUCGCCUGGGUUCAGAACGGCUCGCCGUACGAUCUGAUUCGCCGGCCUCUGGUCACUGUCGACGAGUAUGACGACGAGGAAGACCCCGACGGCAUCGACUUUCGGCACCACCCGCACGACUACCACGGCUGGAAGAAAGUCAAGCGCACCUUCACCACCUUUGCCAGCAAGCAGCCGUGCUGCACAUGGUGCUGAUCGACCGGCACCAACGGCCAUCGAGACAAGUGCGGUGGACGGGGCCACAAAGGGGUACAGCGAGUAUUGUUCCUGCUGCCUCGAAGCUGAGUCGGAGCUGCUGAUUUUCCACACACAUGCCAUGCUGACCGCAGAUCUGUUCGAUUCUAAUACACUCGAUUGCAAACCAA